AUGACUGCCGCUGGUGGCGGUGGUGGCGUAACAUUUCAUUAUGAAUUCCACAAAGAAUUAUCUAAGUGUGGUACAUGCGUCGGUGUUGUUUAUCUUUGCAAGGAUAAAGUUACCCAUAAGUACGUAGAAUGCAAGUUCAUUAAUAGAAUGAGUUCUGCAUAUAACCCUGAUUCCAUCAAGCGUGGGAUUCAGAUUAUGAUUGAGUUAACUGAAUGUUGUGGGUUUGAAAGAUUUUAUGUCGAUGACGAGCAUGUUGAUUUAAUAAUGGAGUAUUGUCCUGGUUCCGAUCUUUACAACCGAUUAAUGGAAAUUACAUGGUUCAUGGAGAGUAACGCUAAGAUUAUUUUCAAGCAGCUGAUGGGAGUAGUCGAGUCAUGUCAUGAUAUAGGUGUUGUGCAUCGAGAUAUCAAACUGGAAAAUAUUUUUUUGGUCACGGAAGAAAAUGAUCAAUGUCCAGAUAUUAGGUUAGGGGACUUUGGUCUUGCGACAUAUAUUAAACCGGGAGAAAAGCUGCAUAAGGCUUGUGGGAGUUUAUAUUGCAUAGCUCCUGAGAUGCUAGAUCGGAAUCCUGUUUACAACCAGGCAGUGGACGUGUGGAGUGCAGGUGUUGUUCUUUUUAUUUUCUUAGUGGAAGUCCGCCGUUUGAUGGAGAGACCGAUUCAUAUAUAA